CAGGGUUUUAAUGUUUAAGUUGUAUUCAAUGUUGCUGUUUGAUCACAUUAGGUGUUUGUUUUGGUGGUCAACAGUAAGGCGUUGGCUUGUUCACUUACUGUAAGCUUUUGGAGUGUCUUCAAAGCUACUUUUGAUUAGCUUUUACUGCGACUUUGUGUUUUUUUUUUUUUCCAUAUCUUUGUUGGUUCAGUAAUUUUAUGACUACGAUCAAGUUUUUUGAAAUGUGUGAUUCCUUGAUUUUGCAGUGAUGUGUCUUGAUCACUCUUUUUGUUUUUGUUUUUUUUGUUUUUAGUUUUUUGGUCUUUAGAAUGUUCCAAAUAGGUUAAAUAUCUUCUUAUGCUUUUAGGUUAGCUUGAACCUAUAUCAGAAUGGAAGAAGAGUCAGAAAUUAAAGAGCAUGGAGAAACUUCUGGUCGGGAACCAGAUAUUGUUAAAGAAGCUGGUACUAUAGAUGAAACAGUAGGGACUUCUCGUUCAGAAACUUUUGAUUAUACUAGUGGUAGUGCAGAUGAUUUAGAAAGUACUGAAGGUUUGCAAGCAUACAAUUCUGCAGUUUCAGUUGCAGAUGAUGAUCUGUUUGAGCCCGUUUCAUUAAAAGACCAAGAUAAAAGUAUGGAAGAUGCAUACCAGUCGCCUAAGUUUGAUAGUGUGAGAAACUCAUCUGGUGGAAGCGAAGACACAUUUGAGUUUGCUUUUGGGAAAGUCACCCCAGGUUUUAGUUCUCCUCCCAAUGCCGACAUACACCAUGGUCACCACUUCUCCAGUCCUGGGCCCGGGAGGGAAUCUGUUGAUGGUGCUCAAAUUUCUCCCACAUCCGCCAGUGUUGAUUCUGCUUUAUAUUCUUAUGGAGAUGGAUCUUUCUCCCCUAUUGACUCACCUGAAAAGCAUAGGUCAAAACAGGUUGUGCCAAAUGUCUCCCCUGAACUCUUGCAUCUUGUGGAUUCUGCUAUUAUGGGAAAGCCUGAGAGCUUGGAUAAGCUGAAGAAUAUUGUCAGUGGGGUUGAGAAUUUUGGAUACGGGGAAGAAGCUGACACUAUAGCUUUUUUGGUUGUUGAUUCACUUCUUGCUACAAUGGGGGGUGUUGAAUCUUUUGAGGAUGAGGAUAACAACCCUCCAAGUGUGAUGCUGAACUCCAGGGCCGCCAUUGUUGCAGGCGAGCUCAUUCCUUGGCUUCCGAGUAUUGGAGAUAUUGCUGGCCUCAUGUCUCCUAGGACUCGAAUGGUUAGAGGUUUGCUGGCUAUUUUGCGUGCCUGCACGAGAAAUAGGGCUAUGUGCUCUAUGGCUGGUCUAUUGGGGGUCCUUUUGCGGUCAGCUGCUAAGAUUUUUCUUCAGGAUCAUGAUUCAAGAGAGCAAUUGAGAUGGGAUGGAACUCCUUUGUGUUAUUGCAUUCAGCACUUAGCUGGGCAUUCUCUUAGUCCCAGCGACUUGCAUAGUUGGUUCCAAGUGAUUACAGAAACCCUUCAUACUAAGUGGGCUGCACGGUUAACACUUUCUUUGGAGAAGGCAAUGGGUGGAAAAGAGUCAAGGGGUCCAGCAUGCACAUUUGAAUUUGAUGGUGAAAGCUCUGGUUUGCUUGGUCCUGGUGACAGUCGUUGGCCAUUCAUAAACGCUGCCGCCGCCGCUAGUGCUUUAGCCGGUGAAGGUACGGCACACAUGCCACGACUCUUCAGCUUUUUGUCUGCUGAUAAUCAGGGGAUGGAAGCGUAUUUUCAUGCCCAGUUUUUGGUAGUUGAAACUGGUAGUGGGAAGGGCAGGAAGGUUUCUUUGCAUUUCACUCAUGCAUUUAAGCCGCAGUGUUGGUACUUUGUUGGACUUGAACAUACAUGCAAGCAGGGACUUCUUGGAAAAGCAGAGAGUGAACUAAGGUUGUACAUUGAUGGAUCAUUGUACGAAAGCCGUCCUUUUGAUUACCCACGGAUUUCCAAGGCUCUAGCAUUUUGCUGUAUUGGAACGAAUCCUCCUCCAACUAUGGCUGGCUUACAACGGCGCCGACGUCAAUGCCCUUUGUUUGCUGAGAUGGGUCCUGUAUAUAUCUUUAAGGAGCCCAUUGGGCCAGAGAGAAUGAUGCGUUUGGCUUCUAGGGGGGGUGAUGCAUUGCCAUGUUUUGGUAUUGGCGCUGGUUUACCUUGGCUAGCUGCAAAUGAGCAUGUGCAAAGGAUUUCAGAAGAAAGUGCUCGUUUGGAUGCUGAAAUUUCUGGAUACCUUCAUCUCCUGUAUCACCCUAGCCUACUGAAUGGCCGUUACUGUCCAGAUGCUUCCCCGUCUGGUGCUGCAGGUUUGUAA